AACCUUGUGGCCAUACUCAUUUCUUACUUCAGCCUUCAGUGCAGCAAUCUCUACCUACACGGAUUGGACUUUGCUUCUUUAACGAUCGAUGAUAAACGCUUGCGCUUGAUCGAUACGGCAUGCCGACUGUUAUGGCCCACUCCUUAGUUGUGUGCAAGAAUGCAAUCAUUUACCCGCUUAUCUCUUUCAACUCCACCACUUCCUUCUUUCUCCUUCUUGCCACCGCACAACGUCUAAAUCGAGAUCAGUUACAUGCUCUUUUGUUCACUCGCAUCGUCGCCGAUUCUCCCUGUGACUUUGGGAUUGACGCUGACUCUCCGGAUCCUGCCCGACCACGCUGUCGCGCUUCCCUUAUCUGCUGCCUGGCUAAACGUCCAGCGAACAAAUUUCUCUCCGCUGCUGCGUCCGCCGAUCUCCGCAGCGCACGUCUUCGUCGCCCAGUGCGCUGCACGUUGGCCUGAGAAGCUCGCGUUGGGCGCGAAGAAAGUGAUUCUGAAACAAUCUACUCCCCAGUUUCCCCCCACCCUGGUCUGCGCAGCACGCAAGGCGAGAAGAGUAGCGGGCUGUGCCACUUCAGGCGGCGUUCCCAGUUAUUUAUUCCAAAGCCCCCUACCGGUACAGGCUGAAGUUUUCAGGUUAAAUACAAGCUCGCUGGGGACGAAACCGUCAUGUAGCACCCGCGCGCCUCCUAACGCGGACAUCCUCGAUAAUGUCAACAUCCUUAAGAUGCAGAGUAAGAGGUUCAAACUUGAAGUGAGUAUCGUCAAGACAGAAGACGAAGUAUGUCUGGUGGCUUGGUCUAUCCCCUUAGCAGACUCCCGAAUUCUGGGCCUUGACGAUUGAGGGGAGUUCUGCUGUCACAGCGAAUGUUGAUCCCUCGAUCACAUUUUCUAUGCCUAUUGUUGUGGCCUCAAGCGUCGCUCAACGAACAGCUGACGCC